UAUGCUAUAGCGCCCGUUGAUGAUCCCUUCCUUGCGCUCGUUGAACGCUCACUUGAGAUAGAUGUAAAAGUAUUCAGGCCCGAGGUCGCAGCUGUUGUAACACAGUUCCCCAUAUUAGAAAAACGUCCUCCUUGGCUCCCUGGAGCGAGCUUGGUAAGGGAUGCUAUAGUUCAGAGAACCCUCACUCCCAUGAUUGUGGACAUGCCCUUUGAACAUGUGAAGAACAACAUGGCCGCGGGGACGGCUGCACCAUCCGUGGCGUCGGAUGCAUUGAAACGUAUACCAGUUAAAACACAAGAUGAAGGGAAGGCCGCUGUUCUUGAGAAAGGGAUUAAGGAAUCCAGUGCAACUGGUUAUGCUGGAACUACGACGUCCACUUCAUACAUCUUCCUGCUCGCGAUGGUUCUAUAUCCCGAGGUGCAAACGCGUGCGCAAGCAGAGAUUGAUUCCGUCCUUGAGGAAACUCUCGAAAGAUUGCCCGACUGGAAUGAUCGCGCUUCCAUGCCCUUCAUCAAUGCCGUCAUACUGGAGACGCUAAGGUGGUUCCCUGUCGCCCCCCUGGGCGUUGCACAUGCCACGGUAAAUGACGACAUCUACGAAGGCUACUAUAUUCCAAAAGACAUAAUCAUUUCUUCUUAUGCAAGGUUUAUGGCACGCAAUCCAGAUAAAUAUCCUAACCCAACGAGGUUCAUACCCGAGCGUCACAUGUCAAAAGUUGCUGUCGAAGAGCCGUCAACACAUGGCCCUGCCAGUGAUGAUAUUUCCUUUGUUUUUGGAUUUGGAAGGCGUAUUUGGUACGAAGUUUGGAGUUUUGCGGAUAGACGGGUUUGCCUCACCUUUCAACAGCGUUGGACGGUCGCCGAUGCUUCUUUAUUCGUCGCAGUUGUGAAUAUUCUAACUGUUUUCCGGUUGGAACGUGCGCCAGGAUGGAAUGUCGGGCCUGAUGCUGAAGGAGUGAAAUGGACGGCAGGCUUAACGACGCACCCUGUAUUCCCGUGCAUAUUCACCCCUCGCCACACGAAGGAAAGGGUAUCGCAGUUGAUAAAAAUGCAAUGCUAAGAGCUGCGCGGAUAUGGUUCUGGGGGUGAAAUCAUGUAUUACCUUUUUUUUGUGUCGUUGGCUUUCGUUAUCCGUCAG